AUGUCGGUGAAAGCGCCUUUACGACUGCCUCGUUUGCGAAUGAAAGAUGAUUUAAUCAAGGCCGACCCAGACCUGGCCGUGUACUUGGAGGAGGCCUUCGAGCAGCUGUCUCCUCACAAUGGCGCCCUCAAACAGCUUUCAGGAGGGCUGGCUCCAGCGGGCACCGACCUGCUGGGACUGAGUCUGGACGAGGAGCUCACUGAGGAGGAGGAACUGAGGCUGGAGCUGGAGGGUGCAAAGAGGGAGAGGAGGGCGCUGAUGGACUCGCUGGCAGCGCUCAAGGGGGAUCAGGGCAAGGCCGGCAGCGAGCUACAGAUCGCAGACAUCACGCGCCUGCGCCGCGAGCUCGAGGUCAAGCAGGAGAAGAUCAACGAGCUGCGACAGGAAGCGCUUAAGGCGGAGGGGCAGCUGAUGCGGCUGGCGUUGACAAGCCGGGACUGCGCAGCGCUGAUGCCGGGCGGCGGCCUGGACGCGAACGCGCGCGUGAAGGCGCUGGAGGCUGAGCUGGCGCACCUGGACACCGACAUGGCUGAGACCGAGGCCCAGCACCGCCUCUACACCCUCCUGCAAGAGCGCACCAGGCAUGCCCCUGCUUCCUGGAAUGCCGCCAAGCCUGCUUUGAUGAGCAACGUGCUGCGCGAGCACAUGGCGCAGGACCUGAGGGUGCGCGAGGGGCGCGAGGCGUUGUUAGCGUUUGGGGAGGACCAUGCGGUGCUGACGGAGCACAUGCAUGCGGCGCGCACGGCGCGAGAGGAUGCCGAUCGCGCUCUGGCAGUCACCAGGGCCCAGAAGGAGGCCGUGCGUGCGAUGGAGCACAGGCAGAAGAGGGAGAUGGCGGAGGAGGAGCAGCGUCGCGCGCGACAGGCCGAGCUCGACGCCGUCCAACGCGAAGCAGCCGCCAAAGCCCGCCUGGAAGAGGAGGCCUUCGAGCAGCAGCUGCAGGCAUGGAGAUGUGUGUUGCAGACAUUGCAGCCGCAGAUAGAGGAGAUGGAGGCCGCAUGGGCUCGGCUGCACACCAUCACCGGCGCAAAUAGCCCCGAGGAAGUGAUCGGCUUCUGGGAAGAGCUUCAGGCAAAGGAGGCGAGCAUGAAGGAGCUGGUGCGCCUGGCAGAAGAGGCAGAGGCCGCAGCAAAGGGCGAAAUGGCCGCCCUUCUGGACAGCCGCAACGCCAUGCUGGAAGCCAUGGCAAUGCCUGCCUCACCGGCUGCAAGCGCGGAAGAGGAGCUGCGAGCGCUGGAGGACAGGAUCGCGGAGGCGCAGCAGCGGCAUGCGGCGUCCACAAAGCAGUUCAACCGCGUGCGCACCGUCUGCAUCAACGCCCAGCAGGGCCUGCGCUCUCUGCUGGGCCGUCUGGACGAAGCACUGGCGGUGUCCGCCGCUCAGAAGCUGGGGCCGGGCGCGCCAUCUCCAGGGCAGCGCAGCAGCGUCUUCCGCCAGUCGAUAGCGGCUGUGGACGGAUCGGCCGCGCGCCGGCAGUCGGCCGCGCUGCAGCCUGCUGCGUCCAGGCGGCAGUCCUCGGUGGCUGAGGCAGCGGCUGCUCGGAGGCAGUCCUCUGUCCCCGUGCAGGCCAUCCCAGAGGACGGUGCGGCUGACUCUGUCGGCUCUGCCGGGUCAAGGCGGACCUCCAAGGUGGGGGAGGCGGCGCGCCGUUCAAGCACAGUGGCCAGGCGCUCCUCGGUGGUGACUCCCAGUCUGGCGGCCAUCCUGGGCAAGGUAGAGGCAGCGCCUGGCGCGCUGACCUUUGAGGAAGCACCCGCCGGUGGCCCUGCAGUGGGCAGCAGGCUGGAUGGGCAAGCCUUCUUCCCGGACCUGCCGCAACUCGCCAAGGUGGUGGCUGACAAGGUUGGGCGGCUGAAGUCUUCCUGCGUCAAGGAGAAGCGCAGGAGCAGCAUGGUGGACGGCUCAGAGGCUGCUGGCAAGGCCGGGCAGGCAGCAAAGCUGAGCGAGGCGGCCAUGAGGCACGGCGCGCGCAGGCAGACCUGGAUGGGCCCCGCCUGGAUGGGAACAUCCACUGAGAAUGAUCCGGGGACAGUUAGUGGGGUCACAAGCGCAAAGGACUCCAGCAAGGACAUCCUGUCUCGAUUGGUCGGGUACCCAGCAGAUUUUGACCAGGGCCAUGGGCGUGCAGCCACUCCAGAGGGCAAGGAUGAUGAAGAGUGGGAUGGGGUGCUGGACAGAGAUUUCAUCAAGCAUAGAACGGCAAAAUUGUUGGCUGCUGCUGCCAGGCAUCAGGCAGACCUCAAGAAGACCAAUGAAGGCUCCUCUUAG